AACUUCAGACUUGGAGGUGGGCUGUGUGCAGUAAACUGGAAUGCUCUCCCUCGCUCACUCCUCAGUGUAGGAGUGAUCCGAAGCAGGACCAGCUCUGCCUGCAGCUGCCGUUGGCUUUGUGUGGACUGGACGCGGAGCUUGGGAGAGGGGGAGGGUUAUUACUCCAGUUCACAGUCAGUGGAAUUACAGCUAUAGCGGCAGGAUAUAUGGGAUUGCUUUUUCUCGUCUUCCUGGAGAUGCACAGACCCAGUAUAUUUUAAGGAAUGUAAAGGAAAUCUAGUGUGCUUCCUUUUUUUUUUUCCUAUGAAGAAUAUUUGAAUUAAGUUUCACCUCUUAAAAAAGAAUACCUGUUCGUCUAUAACGUGACUGCACCAGAUAUUCUGAGAAAGCAGCAAGAAGCAAAAGCUGGAAAUAGCUAUUUCACAGCAGGUAAUCAUACCUCAGGAUAUAGCUACUGUACAAAGUUUAUACUUGGAUAAUCCUGGAUAGGAAUAAAGGUGGGGGGUAACUGACUGAAAAACCUAUUACUAUACAGACCUUAGCAUCAUGAAUGGCUUUCUUCAUGAGGAUCUGAAGUUACUCUCUCUGACCACAUUGCACAGAAGAGCCAAUAAGAAUUUCAAAGAGAGCAAUUUCUACUAAGGGAAUUAAGCUACACAAAAGGAACCUUCACACAGAAACUCUAUCAGAAAAAAAAAAAAGUGCAUAGGAAGCCAUGUGUUCUACAUACUAACAGGAAGCCGAAUUGUUUCUGGUCCCUACUUUAAUGAGCUUGCCUACCAUGCUGAACUGCAGCUGGAAUGUUCAUUGACAACAGCGAGCCUGAUCUGGAGGUGUGUGCGGCCUAGGAUUAUUUGAAUAAACAGUGAAGAACAUUUCCAAGGACUGAACAAGAGUUUAUAAGUCCCAGCCCCUCACCAGGAAAAUAAUACAUGUGCAUUGGAUUUUCACUCACGCAAAAUUUAUUCACAUCAUUCAAUAAGGGCUCUGACGCUACCGUGUACAAAGACCUCAACGCUGCUGACCAUGAUCAGCCCAGCCUGGAGCAUCUUCCUCAUCGGGACUAAAAUUGGGCUGUUCCUUCAGGUGGCACCUCUACCAGUCAUGGCUAAGUCCUGCCCAUCUGUGUGCCGCUGUGAUGCAGGUUUCAUUUACUGUAAUGAUCGCUUUCUGACAUCUAUUCCGACAGGAAUACCAGAGGAUGCUACAACUCUCUACCUUCAGAACAACCAAAUUAAUAACGCUGGGAUUCCUUCAGAUUUGAAAAACUUGCUAAAAGUAGAAAGAAUAUACCUAUACCACAACAGUUUAGAUGAAUUUCCUACCAACCUACCAAAGUAUGUAAAAGAGUUACAUUUGCAAGAAAAUAACAUAAGGACUAUCACUUAUGAUUCACUUUCCAAAAUACCCUAUCUGGAAGAAUUACAUUUAGAUGAUAACUCGGUGUCUGCUGUUAGCAUUGAAGAGGGGGCAUUCCGAGACAGCAACUAUCUCCGACUGCUCUUCCUGUCCCGUAAUCACCUUAGCACAAUCCCCUGGGGAUUGCCCAGGACUAUCGAAGAACUACGCUUGGAUGAUAAUCGCAUAUCCACUAUUUCAUCACCAUCUCUUCAAGGUCUCACUAGCCUCAAACGCCUGGUUUUGGAUGGAAACCUGUUGAACAACCAUGGUUUAGGUGAUAAAGUUUUCUUCAACCUAGUCAACUUAACAGAACUGUCCCUGGUACGGAAUUCCCUGACUGCUGCACCAGUAAACCUUCCAGGCACAAACCUGAGGAAGCUUUAUCUUCAAGAUAACCACAUCAAUCGGGUGCCCCCAAAUGCUUUUUCUUAUCUAAGGCAGCUGUAUCGACUCGAUAUGUCCAAUAACAACCUAAGUAAUUUACCUCAGGGUAUCUUUGAUGAUUUAGACAAUAUAACCCAACUGAUUCUUCGUAACAAUCCCUGGUAUUGCGGGUGCAAGAUGAAAUGGGUACGUGACUGGUUACAAUCACUACCUAUGAAGGUCAAUGUGCGUGGGCUUAUGUGCCAAGCCCCAGAAAAAGUUCGGGGGAUGGCUAUUAAGGACCUUAAUGCAGAACUGUUUGAUUGUAAGGACAGUGCCAUUGUAAGCACCAUUCAGAUAACGACUGCAAUACCCAACACGGUAUAUCCUGCUCAAGGACAGUGGCCAGCUCCAGUGACCAAACAACCAGACAUUAAGAACCCCAAACUCACUAAAGAUCAGCGAACCACAGGGAGUCCAGCAAGAAAAACAAUUAUAAUUACUGUGAAAUCUGUCACCUCCGACACAAUUCAUAUCUCUUGGAAACUUGUCCUACCUAUGACUGCUUUAAGACUCAGCUGGCUCAAACUGGGCCAUAGCCCAGCAUCUGGAUCUAUAACAGAAACGAUUGUAACAGGGGAACGCAAUGAAUACUUAGUCACAGCCCUGGAGCCUGAGUCGCCCUAUCGAGUCUGCAUGGUUCCCAUGGAAACCAGUAACCUCUACCUAUUUGACGACACCCGUGUUUGUAUUGAGACUGAAACUGCACCCCUUCGAAUGUACAACCCUACAACCACCCUUAAUCGAGAGCAAGAGAAAGAACCUUACAAAAACCCCCAUUUACCAUUGGCUGCCAUCAUUGGUGGGGCUGUGGCCCUGGUGACCAUCUCCCUUCUUGCUUUAGUGUGCUGGUAUGUUCAUAGGAACGGAUCACUCUUCUCAAGGAACUGUGCGUACAGCAAAGGGAGGAGAAGAAAGGAUGACUACGCGGAAGCUGGCACUAAGAAGGACAACUCCAUCCUGGAAAUCAGGGAGACUUCUUUUCAGAUGUUACCAAUAAGCAAUGAACCAAUCUCAAAGGAGGAAUUUGUAAUACACACCAUAUUUCCUCCUAAUGGAAUGAAUCUGUACAAAAACAAUCACAGUGAAAGCAGUAGUAACCGAAGCUACAGAGACAGUGGCAUUCCAGACUCAGAUCACUCACACUCAUGAUGCUGGAGGCCUUGUAGCAGACUGUGUUUCGGUUUUUUUAAACCUAAGGGAGGUGAUGGUAGGAACCCUGUUCUACUGCAAAACACUGGAAACAAGA